AUGUACCGCCAGAAGAGAAAGGAAAAGCACAUUACAUCCAACCAAAAGUACAAAAGCUAUGAAUCAAAUAUAGAGGAAAUACUAAAAGGAUAUGAUUCUCUCGUCCCAAAAAGGUACAAAUACUCAGAGGUAAAGAAGAUAACCGGAUGUUUCAAAGAUAAGUUAGGAGAAGGCGGCUAUGGCACGGUAUUUAAGGGGAAUUUUGAAGAUGGCCGGAAGGUUGCUGUGAAACUACUGAAAGGAUCAAAAGGAAAUGGAGAGGAGUUCGUGAAUGAGGUUGUGAGUAUCCAUAGGACAUCUCAUGUAAAUAUUGUCAAUUUACUUGGUUUUUGUUUACAUGGACCUAAGAGAGCACUUAUUUACGAAUACAUGGCUAAUGGAUCAUUGGAGAAGUAUAUACAAUCAGAAGAAACAAAAAGGGCCAUUGGAUGGGAAAAGUUGCGAGAAAUAGCAACAGGAAUUGCGCGAGGCUUGGAAUAUUUGCAUCGGGGCUGUAAUACACGGGUCAUCCAUUUUGAUAUCAAGCCAAAUAACAUACUUCUAGAUGAAGACUUUUGUCCCAAAAUAGCAGAUUUUGGAUUGGCGAAACUGUGUCAUCUUAAGGAUAGUGCCCUCUCAAUGGCUGAAGCAAGAGGUACCAUCGGUUUUAUUGCUCCAGAAGUAUUUUCAAGGGGUUAUGGACUUGUGUCCACCAAGUCAGACGUAUACAGCUACGGAAUGAUGUUGUUAGAAAUGGUAGGAGGAAGGAAGAAUCUUACAGAAGACACUGAGAAUUCUAGUCAACAAUAUUUUCCAAACUGGGUUCAUGACCGUUUGGUUAAAGAUUUACAAAGUCAUGAAGUCACAUGCAAGACUGAAGAGAUUGGAAAACAGAUGACCCUUGUUGGCUUGUGGUGCAUACAAACGACUCCAGAAAAUCGUCCAUCCAUGAGCAGGGUUAUAGAAAUGUUGGAGAAGAACGUAGAUGAAUUGGAAAUGCCCCCGAAACCAUUGCUUUCGUGUCCCUCGGUGCCGUCUCAUUUUUCAUCCUAA